GCUCUGAGUCAGGCCAAGAAAAGGAUUAAUGACCUGAUUGUUGCUGAGCAGGCACAGAAAACCAUCUCUGACCCGUUCAUUAGUCAGCUGUCACAGGCUGACAUGGAGGAGCUGAAGGCUCUGCAGAGGAAACUGACGGUCAGCAUCCGUCUGGACAAAGGAGCAGAGGACCAGGACCCGGAGAUCCACCUGGAGGGUCUGACCAGAGACGUGUUCACUGCUGAGUGUGCAGUCAGGGACAUCAUCCGAAAGGUGGAGAGGGCGGAGAACUCAAAGAGACAGGCCUUGUUAGUGAGUAGCCUGGUAGAGUGGCAGUAUCCAGACCGCAGUGGCUCAAUGGUGGCCUUUGAUAUUUACACCAACCUCAGACUGGAGGAGGCGCUAGAGAAGAAAAAUAAGGUGAAGAUCAAGAUCAAUGAUGAAACGUACACCGCUGAUCCAGGACUUAGAAAAGCAGUUUCAGCAAAGAGGUGUGAUGUAGAGCUUCUUCGGAAAGACCUUAAAGGUGAGUCACUUAUCGCUCUGCCUUCUUGUUGGGAGGACAUGAAAGGAGACGUUGUGAAGUUGUUUGCUCUGACUCCAGGAGCUCAGGAAUACAACGACGUGGAGCAGGAACUGACAAAGACCGGACUUUAUCUUAACAUCAUCAGUAUCGAACGAGUCCAAAAUCUGUCACUGUGGCAGAGCUACCAGAUCAUGAAGAAACAAAUGGAGGUGAAGAAUAAACACACAAACAAUGAACUGCUUCUGUUUCACGGCACCACUGACACCUCCAUCCAUCUGAUCAACAGCAAAGGCUUCAACCGCAGCUACGCAGAAAAACAUGGUGCGAUGUACGGCAAUGGUUCUUAUUUUGCUGUGAACCCCCACUAUGCAACACGUCAAUAUGCCAGACCUGACACCAGGGGGCACAAACACAUGUACCAGGCCAGAGUUCUAGUUGGAGACUACGCCCAAGGACGAAAAGGCAUGAUCACCCCUCCUCCCAAAUCUGGGAGUGCCUCAGACCUGUAUGACAGCGUCACAGAUGACGCUACUUAUCCAACCAUGUUUGUGGUCUUCAAUGAUAUCCAGGCCUACCCAGAAUACCUCAUCACAUUUACAUAAAGAG